AUGUCAACGCCGAAACAGUCACGCGCGGACGACGAGCGGACGGUCAGAAGCUGGGGCUUCUCCCACGUUUUCACUUGGACUGAUGGACCCAACGCCCACUAUCCGCCACACUCUCACUCGGGUCUCACAACGCACAUGAUCCGCCAGGGUUCCUUGACUAUCACAUACCCAAAGGAUGAAAACCCCUCUAGGGAGACUUUCGGGGUUGGUGCAAGAAUAGAUGUCCCGGCUGGAAAGGUGCAUGAGGUCUGGAUGGGGGAUGAAGGU